AUGGGAAAACCAUUUUCAUUAAAAUCUUUAUUGUGUAAACGUUAUGCUGUCUCCAUUCUAGGGCUUGUAUAUGUUAUUGUACUGAGUGUUGGCAUAUUUCAUCAAGGGAAUUCGUGUUCUUUUAAUUCCGAAUUUAAUGAGAGGAGGUCAAGAAAAUUAUAUCAUGAAGCAAGUUUAUUAGAAUCUGAACGAGUAAAAGAACAUGGAAAAUUAUAUAAACUAACAGAUGUGGUUAAUAAUAGGGAAAGUCUUUUAUUUAAGAAAAUAACAAAAGAAGAACCAGAGAAUAGUAAUAAUGAUAUUUUUAAAAGUUAUAAAACAUUGUUUAAUAAUGUGAGAAAAUAUGAAGAAAAUAAUUUUUCUGAUAAAAGUGGUUCUAUGUUUUUUAAUGAAAGAGAUAGACAAAUAGAUAAAAAUAUUGAAUUAUUAAAAAGUGAUAAUAAUAAUAAUAAUAUAAAGGAAAGAAUGAAAAAUAUAUGGUUUGAUGUUAUCAGAAAUGAAAGAAUGAAAUAUGAUAAUCUAAGAAUUUCUAUAUAUAAAUUUUAUAAUGAUUUAAAAAGGGUUAAUAAAGUACCUAAAUCAUUUUCUGAAGAGAAAUGGAAAGAAUGUAAUGAAAUAAUUUCAAUAGGAGGACAAAAUAUGGAAACUUAUAUAGAUAAUAUUUUUUAUGAUUGGAUUGAUAAUAAUAAUUUAAAUAUUAACGAAUUUAAAAUGAUAGUUGAUGCAAAUAGAUUUGCAUGGAAAAAACUAAAUGAAAAUGUAAAAAAAUCAUGUGAAGGUAUAUUAAAUAAAACCUUUGAAGCUAAAUUAAAAGGAAAAGAAUUACGUAGUAAAUUUAUUGUUGAUAUGUAUAAACAAUUAUUUGAUAAUGCUAUUAAAAGAUCUGUACUAAAAAAUAAAGGAUUGAACCGAAAACUCAAUGGUGCACAUUAUAUAGAUAGUAUAAGGAAUGCACCCUUUAUAGAUAUAGAUGCAUCUGAUGAUUUACAUGAAGAAAUAGAAUAUCAUCAUUUUAAGAGAAAUGAUAAGUAUAAUGAAAAAGAAGAAGACGAAGAAGACGAACAAGAUGAAAAUGAAGAAGAGGAAGAAGAGGAUGUUAUAAAUUAUAUCGAUAAUGUAGAUGAUUUGGAAUCUGAACAAGAAGAAUAUAAUGAAAAGAAUGAAGACAAAAUGAAUACUAUAUAUAAUAAAUCUAUAUUGGAAACCGAACAAAAAAACUUUAACUAUUUAAAAAUGAAUUUAUCAAACUUGAAAAAGCUUUUUGACAAUUUAGAUAUAACAUUUAGUGAUAUACAGUUGGAUUUCUCAGAUAUAGAUAAUACAUUUUCAGACAUAAAUGUGGAUCUUACAGAUUUACAAAACGAUUUUUCAAAAUUACCAAUUGAUUUUAAUGAUUUGUCUAUGAAUUUUAAUGAUUUACCUAUGAAUUUUAAUGAUUUGUCUAUGAAUUUUAAUGACUUGCCUAUGAAUUUUAAUGACUUGCCUAUGAAUUUUAAUGAUUUACCAAUUGACUUUACAAACUUAAAUAUAGAUUAUAGUGGAUUAGAACUAGAUUAUAUUAAUCAAGAUGCAAAUAUAAAUAAGGAAAAUAUACAACAUGAAGAACCAGAUAUUAAUGAUUCAAAUGAUGAUUUAUAUUAUAGUGACGUAAAUUAUGAAGGAACAGAACCUGAAGCGAAUAUAUCCGAAAUGGAAAGUGUUAUGUCAAAUUUGGAUGAUGAGGAAUAA